AUGUCCGACUGGGAAAACGUUACUGUUAUUGGUAAAAAAGCUAGAGCUGGUGGUAGUGGUCCACGUCAAACAGUUGCUAAAACACAAUCACAGAUCAAUGCUGCCAGAAGAUCUGGUAUGGUUUUAAGUGUCGAUAAAAAGUAUGCAGUUGGUAAUAAACGUGGUGAUUCUGAAGGUCAGAGGUUAACUAAAGUGGAUAGAGAUGAUGAUAUCAUUGUUCCAAAAAAGUUGGAUGCUAAUGUGGGCAAAGUUAUCGCUAGAUCUAGAACUGACAAAAAACUAAGUCAAAAAGAUUUAGCUACCAAGAUUAAUGAAAAACCAACUGUCAUUAAUGACUAUGAAGCUGGUAGAGCUAUUCCAAACCAACAGGUCUUGGGCAAAUUAGAAAGAGUCUUGGGUGUUAAAUUAAGAGGUAAAAAUAUAGGCGAGCCUUUAGGUGGCCCAAAGAAAUAA